GAGACACUUUCGGCAGCAGCACGAGCGCGAUCGGAAAGCCGAGCAUUCUGAACUCUAAACGCAUCACGUCCGACAUAACUAGGGGAUACAGUUUUACUGCCUUUACCCUGUCAUUUUAUACUUUUUGGUUUAACCGUACAAUGUGAGGAGAAUGGCCGGGACAAGUGCUGACUGGGUGGAAAUCCUUGAGCCCCGUUCGCAAGAGCGCAUGUACGUUAAUCUGGCGACGGGAGAGUGUGGCUGGGACCCGCCCAUCGACGUGCCCAUCCGCCAGGCUGAUGGAAACCAGUGGUGGGAGCUUUUUGACCCCCAGAGUGGCAGGUUUUACUACUACAACUCUGCUGGCCGCAUGACCGUGUGGCACAGACCUCAGGGUGCAGAUAUUGUCCCUCUGUCUCAGCUCCAGGCCAUGAAACGCAGCACUGCAUCUGAGCACAAGGCUGAUGGGGGUACUAGGGAACGGCAACAUGGGAAUCAGUCCGCAGGGAGUCAAGAUAGACGCACCCCUCUACCACCAAUGGAGCCCUACACUAAAGAGCCAGAAUGUGGGGGCAAAGAGCCUAAACAACAAGAAAUGGACAACCGACAGAAACUAGACAUCCACAGCAUAGACAGCAGCAAAGACACUCUCAGGUAGGCCUCUGGGCUUCCUCUGCAUGUUAUCUUAAAACUAGUUAUGGUUCCUCAGAAAUAACUGGCCUUAACUAGAGACCAAUUUUCUUCAACAGCUGUAAUAUAAUUUUGAUGUUCCAUGACACUAAGGAACCUUCUGGGUUUAGUAAAAGUUACAGUUAACUGGCAGCAUAAAAAAAAAACCUUAAUAAAAAUAAAAAUCCCUUUUUUGUAA